AUGGACAUGUCUCAAGUAAAUCGGGGACUGACAUACCAGACCCGAUUACAAUCUAUGUCAGAAGUUACCCUUCAUGCAGAUCAUCAUCCGAAUCCUACUCAUAGUCAUGGCCAUGGCCAUACUCAUAAUCAUCAUCACAAUAAUGCAGUGGCAAAUGAUGCUGACCCCAUCACGCUAAACACAGCGGGUUUGUCACAAGGUGUUGCACCAAACGCAAUAUCAGGAACCGCCUCUGACAUACCACCGGAUUUGGCAAUUCUUUUGCAAAAACUAGACGAGGAUUUUUUGGUUAACAAAUCGAUUGAUCAGUGGAACUAUAUAAAUAGAAGAGAAGCGAUAUUACAAUCGAUUGAAAAGCUUCACAAAGAACAGAAUAGAGAUAUACUUCCAUUAGACCCAAGUAAAUUAGAAUUGCCUUUAAAACCGCGUAAGCCUUCAAAUAUCACAUUCGACAAUAUGGGUGCAGAAUAUUUGGUAGAUAUUCUUAAGCUAAGGGCACAAAUUUACAAAAGCGAAAUGGCUUUCGUUGUUUUAGACUCCAAAGGUAAAGAAGUGAAUUCAAUUUCUUGGGAGAAGAUUUAUCUUCGAGCAGCCAAAAUUGCUUACGAAAUACAUCACAAAGUUUCAUUAAAGAGGACUGACACAGUUGUUUUGUUAUACAAGGAUGGUGAAGUCACUGAGUUUGUAACUGCACUAUUUGGUUGCUUUAUUGCUGGUGUCACAGCGAUUCCAAUACAUCAAGACAUUUCCUUGAAUGAAGUGAUUGGUAUACUCAACUUGACAAAUUCUAAACUUUUGCUAUACUCCGAAACUGUUGCCAAAGAGCUCGAAAGACUAAACUCCCAAAACCAGCGAAUCAAGUGGCCUCCGAAGCUUCUCAAAUGGAGGACUACGGAUCUUGGCUCGGCUAAAAAGUCAGAAUUAUCAUUUUGGUCAACAAGAAAACCACUGAAGGAGGAUAAAAAGUCGAGCAUGAACCUUGCUUAUAUUGAGUUUUCGAGGUCUCCAGUUGGUGAACUACGGGGCAUUGCUUUAAGCCAUAGGACAAUUGCUCAUCAAAUGACUUGCUUAGAAGCGGCACUUCUGAGUCUGCCAAAUUCUGAGAGUGGAUUAAGCAGAAGCUUCAAAGAAUUCAGAGGCCUUAAAAAGGUUUUUCUUGCUACAUUGGAUGUGCGUUUCUCAAUAGGACUCAUUUUAGGAGUAUUGUUCACUAUUUAUACUGGUAAUGUGCUCUAUUGGGCCCCACAGAAAGUUAUGGAGACACCUGGUCUUUACGCAAACAUCAUCACACGAUGUCGCGCGUCGUUGCUCCUUGCUGAUUACUUGGGGUUGAAAAGAGUCACAUACAAUUAUCAGCAAUCGCCAAGUGCCACAAGGUACUUUUCCAAAACGCAAAAAGUUGAUUUCUCUUCGGUGAAGUGGGUAUUGGUUAACGCUCUAACGAUUGAUGGGGAGUUUAUGGAGAUUUUGUCGCAAAGGUAUCUUCGACCACUUGGAUGUCAACACCCAGAAAAUGCAAUUAUUCCCAUGCUUACACUAAGUGAAUAUGGAGGAAUGGUGAUAUCACUCCGAGAUUGGAUAGGACCCAAAGACUGUUUUGGCUCGCAGGUUUCAGAAGAAGAAGCAAAUGAACUUUCUGCGGUGCUCAUUGAUAAAGACGCAUUAAGUAGGAACAUUGUGAAGAUAGUUGAGACGAACCCUUAUGCCUCAGAUGACAUUUCCAACGAUGUGCUACGAGUUGAUGCGUUUGGUUACCCACUUCCAGAUGCAACUCUUGCCGUAGUUAAUCCAGAGCUGUCAACACUUGUGCAAAGAGGUGAGUUGGGAGAAAUAUGGAUCGAUAGCCCAUGUCUCUCGGGUGGAUUUUAUGGACUACGCAAAGAAUCCAAACUGAUUUUUCACGCCAAAUGUCUUGGUCCUGAUGGGUUAUUGGAGAUGGAUUUCUUAAGAACUGGCUUACUUGGAUUCAUAUAUUUGGGUAAAGUCUACAUUUUGGGUCUAUACGAAGAUCGCAUUAGGCAGAGAAUGAGUUGGGAUGAACUAGAGAUGGCCAAAUCUCGAGGGCUCGAUUUAAUUGAAGGUAGCGGUUCAAGAUAUCAUUACUCUUCGCACUUGCUAGCAACUUUGGCUACCGAAGUCAAACAAAUUUACGAUUGUACAAUAUUUGACAUUUUUAUUGGGAACGAGUAUCUUCCGGUGGCUAUUGUGGAAGCUGAAAUUAUACGGAAUGUCCAAGUGGAGCAGAAAGAAGCUGAAAACGGUACUGGUGAAGGUGGCACCAAGUCAAAAAACGCUGAAACCGAACUCUCUAGUGGAGCGCCUCUUAACGAACCCGUAUUGAAUGCAAUUGCUCAAAAAUGUUUUGACACUCUAUACAAAAGGCACUUUUUGAGGCUAUAUUGUGUUUUGGUUGUUGAUUGCGAUACCUUGCCCAAAAUCAUGAGAAGUGGUGGCCGAGAGAUUGCCAAUAUGCUUUGUAAAAAGAAAUUUUUGGAGGGGUCAUUGCGAGCUGAAUUUGUUAAAUUUUUCAUUAGAAAGUCGGUGAGUAUGAUACCGCAUGGAGAAGACGUUAUUGGUGGUAUUUGGUCUCCGUAUGUUUCAGAGCUUAGAAACCAAGCUUUAUUAAAAUUCUCUGAUCAAUAUUCCACUAUUGAUCAUAGAUCCAAGACCGUUGAUGAUACGACAGGAGCAGUAUUGAGUGAUUUUAAAACGAUUCAAGAUAUCUUAAAGUAUCGUGUCACCAAACUCGGAGACGCCACUGCGUUUCAUAGCGUUGAUGUCAGCGGAAAGUCCAAGCCGUUAAAUUGGAAGAAAUUCGAACACAAGGUCCAUGCCGUUUGUCAGUACUUGAUUGAAAAAACAGCUUUGAAAACAGGACAGUACGUUAUAUUAAUGUUUUCUUUAUCAGAGGAGUUUGUUGUUGCGUUUUACGCUUGUCUUAUAUGUGGAGUUGUUCCUGUACCAAUGCUUCCGUUUGACUCCAAUAGAAUCGGAGAAGAUUUCCCUGCAUUUGUGGGUGUUAUACGAGAUUUUGAUAUCUCGGAAAUUUUAGUCAAUGACGAAGUGGAAAAGUUUUUGAAAAAUGGCCCCGUUGCCGACUCUUUUAAAAAAAUUGCCCAUAAAAGAGUCAAAUCGUUGAGGAUAAAGAACACCACCAAGCUUAGUAAAGUAUCGAACGUGACCAAUUUGAUGUCAAAAAUUACUCUGAGGGUUGGUACGCUGAAUUUGGAGAAUAGAACAGCAUUGGUUUGGUUGAAUUUCACUUCGGACCAUUACCGUGUUGGUGCAACAUUGAGCCACAAGGAUAUAAUUGGGGUUUGCAAGGUUUUUAAAGAAACGUGUAAUUUGAACUCAAACUCUUCAAUAGUUGGAUGCGUUCGACAUUCUGUUGGUAUUGGCUUUAUUCAAACAUGUUUGCUUGGUGUAUUUUUGGGUACGACUACGUAUCUUAGCUCGCCUGUGACGUAUGCUGAGAAUCCAUUAUCAUUUUUUUUAACUUUAGCGCGACACAAGGUGAAGGAUGUAUUUGUGACUGAGCAAAUGUUGAAGUAUGCCGCUAUAAAGUUUGCACCAAAGGGAUUUGAUUUGUCGCACUUGAAAAACAUGAUGAUUAGUACAGAAAAUAGAGUUGAAGUUGAUCUUUUACGUAAAAUUGCAAAAGUUUUCCAAUCUACAAAAUUGAGCGUUGCAUCGAUGUCUACUGUUCAUAGUCAUUUUUUUAACCCGAUGAUCUCAACUAGAUCAUACAUGACCGUGGCGCCGGUUGACCUAUUCUUGGAUCCUGUUGCAUUGCGACAGGGAUACGUGUCUGUUGUUAAUCAAGCAGAGGUUCCCAAUGCAUUGCAUGUACAGGAUUCUGGAAUGGUACCUGUUUGUACCGAAGUUGCAAUUGUUAACCCUGAAACCAGGAAAAUUUGUAAAGAAGGUGAAUAUGGUGAGAUUUGGGUGCGUUCGGAAGCAAACUUGACAUCUUUUACCAAUGGCCCUAAAGGACCGACGGAUUCGUUUAGCCAGAUGCAAUUCAAGGGGGUGAUUGCUGAUGGAAAUCCCGACGUUAGGUAUUUGCGAACUGGGGACUUGGGAUUUCUUCACAAUAUUUCGAUUACGAAGAAUCAGAAUGACACCAAUAUCAAUGAAGUUUCGUCGUUCCAACCUUUGUUUGUAUUAGGAAAGAUUGCAGAUACAUUUGAGGUUAUGGGGUUGCAUCAUUUUCCGAUUGAUAUUGAAAAUACCAUUGAGUAUUGUCAUCCAGAUAUUUAUAGGAAUGGGUCCUGUGUUUUUAAAUGUGCCGAUUACACUAUUGUAGUGUGCGAGUCCAAGCGAAGUCGCUUUUAUUCGUCCUUGGUACCACUUAUUGUCAACACUGUGCUUAGUAAGCAUCAUCUUGUUAUUGACAUUGUAGCAUUCAUUAGGAAAGGCGAGUUUCCAAUUUCGAGGCUUGGUACUAAACAACGGGCCAGAAUAGUGGAUGCUUGGGUGCAAGGUGUGAUACCAAUCAGUGCAUCCUAUGGGGUCAACUAUGGUGAGAAUAGCAUGAUCAAACUAGUGAAAGAAAUGGACAAAGCAGCAGGUUCUGGCGCGUUCCAUGGACUCAAAAACCCAGCCCGUGCUUACUACGAUGAAGAUGAGUUGGAUGUGUUUGAUGAGCUAGCAAGUUCAAAACUAAGACUUAAUAACGAAUUUGUUGUACCUCCAUAG